GAUUGCCAUUUCCGUUCCUUUUUACUAACAUAUUAAAAACUGAAAUUUGUAAAGUUCGAAACUUAGAUAUUAAUACAAAUACGAUAAAGUUUAAAUAAAAUAUGAGUUAUUGAUGGAGUUUUGAAAACUAAUUUACUUUUAAACAUGAAAAAAAAAACAGAAAGUCAUGGAGAAAUCAAAAACGUACCAUAGCGACAUCUACUUUGGAUUCGGGAACUAAUGUUUUUUUUAAUACUUUCUCAUUCAUUUUUGUCAUGCCCAUCUUAAAUGUCUUAUUUGCCCCGUUGGCUGUCAGUGUCACUGUCAAAUGUAUUUAUUAGAAUGCCAGGUGGAUUUUGAAUGAGGUUAAUUUCUUAGUAGAAUAUUUUUUAAUACAAAUUAUUAUAAAGACUACGUUGCAAUGAAGAUCUAUACCAAUGAAAAUAAUACUUCCACGCUGAAGUUGCUCAUAGCGGCCAAGUUAGCGGGGAAAACAGUAGAAUUACAAAGUGCAUCCUUCGAGGACGAUGUAUUCGCAGGCCCGAGAGCGCUGCCAUUGCUUGAGGUGGACGACCAGCUCAGCUUCUUCUCCAGCAAUGCAGCUGUACAAUAUCUGUUUCCAGUGCUGGAUUUGUCAGACAAUGGACAGUGUCAGCAGAUGCAAGAGUGGGAAGCUAUACGCUUGCAGCCAGCCGUAUCAGCAGUAAUCAGUGCCAAAUCAGUGACAACUGAGUUGAAACAAGCACUUGAUGCAAAUCUAGCCUUAGUUGAUCAGAUGCUAAGCGCUCACAAGUUCAUAUUGGGGGAUAAACUAUCAGCAGCAGAUGUAUCAAUAUGGAGUACUUUGUAUCCUCUACAUUACAACCCAACUCUGAAACAACAAUACAUGGGCCAGUUUAAGCACAUCACUACCUGGAUUGAACAGUUAGCUGCUGCCAAAGCUAUACAGGAAGCAUUGAAGCAAUGGAACGGGUCAUCUCAAGGUCCAUUCGCUACUAUAUCGGCUCUGGGCAAUCCACAGGUCACCAGUUUGGUUUCACCAGUCACCUCUCCAGAUGAAGUUUCCGGGCCAACUGUUGAAGAAAUUGAAGAAGCCAAAGAAAACUGGUUAAAUGGUCACAAAAAACUACAGACUCCAUUGAAAGAAGAAAAAAUAGUUUUGCCAAUAAAAGGUCGCAAGAAUAUUCUGAUAACGUCAGCCUUGCCUUAUGUCAACAAUGUACCACAUUUGGGUAACAUCAUUGGAUGUGUACUCUCAGCUGAUAUAUUUGCCAGGUACUGCAGGUUGUGCGAUUACAACACACUAUUUAUAUGCGGCACAGACGAAUACGGCACUGCUACGGAAACCAAGGCUAUAGAGGAGGGCCUCACACCAAGACAGAUAUGUGACAAAUAUUUCGAGAUUCACAAUGCAGUUUAUCGUUGGUUCAAUAUAGGAUUCGAUUACUUCGGCCGAACGAGUACCAACGAACAGACAGAAAUAGCCCAGAAGAUGUUCCUGAAGCUAAUGGACAACGGGUUUGUGUUACCGCAGUCUGUCGACCAAUUGUUAUGCGAGAAAUGCGACAGAUUUCUGGCUGACAGAUUCGUUGAAGGCACCUGUCCUCAUCCAGGCUGUCUAUAUGAUAGUGCUCGGGGCGAUCAGUGCGACAGAUGUGGGAAACUUAUCAAUGCCAUAGAACUAAUAGAGCCUAGAUGUAAAGUUUGUGGACAUAAGCCCACCGUUAAACCCAGCGAACAACUCUUCAUACAACUCAAUCAGUUGGAGCCGUCGAUUAGAACCUGGAUAAGUUCGACAUCCAAUAACUGGUCCCCCGCGGCCCGCGGCGUGUGUCGGGCGUGGUUGAGGGAACCAUUACGGGCGCGCGCCCUCACUAGGGACCUGCGGUGGGGCGUACCCGUGCCCAUUGAACGAUAUACACACAAGGUAUUCUACGUUUGGUUCGACGCACCGAUUGGUUAUUUAAGUAUAACGCAGAACGCGACAAAACAGUACGAGAAAUGGUGGAAGCCUGAUAAAGAAUAUGAUGUGAAACUGUAUCAGUUCAUGGCUAAAGACAACGUUCCUUUCCACACUAUAAUGUUCCCGGCCACACUAAUUGGUAUCAACGAAGGGCAUCUACUUGUCAACUAUCUGUUUGCGACGGAAUAUCUGAACUAUGAGGAAGGCAAGUUCUCCAAGUCCAGAGGUGUCGGCGUCUUCGGCACAGAUGCACAGGACACAGGUAUACCGUCGGACGUGUGGCGGUUCUACUUGGCAUCAAUCCGACCUGAAACUUCAGAUUCAAGUUUCAGUUGGGCAGAACUCGGCACUAGGAAUAAUUCUGAACUAUUGAACAAUCUCGGCAACUUCUGUCAUCGAUCAUUGAGUUUCUGCGCGAACAGUUUCAAGGGUGUAGUACCGGACGUGACGCCGUCAAGGGAUGACUACGAACUGAUCGCACUAGUCAACAGAGAGAUGACAAGUUACGUUCAGAACAUGGAGAAAGGACGUCUCCGUGAUGCCCUGAAGCACGUGAUGUCUAUAUCACGUUUGGGCAACCAGCAUAUGCAGUCUGAACAACCCUGGGUACUGCUCAAAGGAUCAGACGAUGACAAGCAACGAGGUGCCACGGCGAUUGGUUUAUGUUGCCAGCUUGUAGCUCUACUGUGCACAUUACUAGCUCCAUACAUACCGGACACCGCCAGGAAACUGAGGCAACAAUUGAACGUGAACGCUACAAUGCUCAGACUCAACCCAGAGAAUCCAGUAUUCUUUCAAUAUCUGCCGAGUGGGCAUGUGAUCGGAAAACCUGAGCCACUGUUCGCUAAACUGGACUCUGAUAUGUUGGAGAAGCUGAAGGCUAAGUACGCCGGUACACAGAACGAGAGGGCUAAUGCAAAUGAUGCCACGAAUAAAUCUCAAAGUGUAGCGGCACUAGAAGCUGCAAUCUCUGAGCAGGGUGAAAAAGUCAGGAAACUGAAGGCGUCCACAAAAGACAAGUCGGUGUGGCAACCGGAAGUUAAUAAACUCCUAGAACUUAAGAAGCAACUCACCAACGCUCAAAGUAACGCGCACACGAACACUCCAGCGAAUACGUCUACAAAUAACGUAGCUGCAUUAGAGAAAGCUGUGGCGGAACAGGGCGAAAAAGUCAGGAAACUGAAGGCGUCCACAAAAGACAAGUCAGUGUGGCAACCGGAAGUUAAUAAGCUCCUAGAAUUUAAGAAACAACUCGCCACCGCUCAAAGUAACGUGCAAACGAACGAGUCAACGAACGCAUCUACAAGCAACAUAGGUGACUUGGAGAAAGCUGUGGCGGAACAGGGUGACAAAGUGAGAAAAUUGAAAGCUUCCACCAAAGACAAGACUGUGUGGCAACCGGAGGUUAAAAUACUUUUAGAUUUAAAAAAACAAUUAGCUGAUUUACAAGUUAAAAACUGAACCUUAUUUUAUGUGUCGUAAGAUGGAAUCUUCUAAGUAUUUAUUUAAUUUAUGUAUAGUUAAGAUUUUUUUUGUAUACAUUCUGUAGUGAAGUAGUAUGUUUAUAUUACUGAAACAUAUUUUGACGGGUAUUAAUAUUGAAUAUUCAAGGGAUGUAUAUAUUUUUUUAAAUAAAAGGUUUAUUGUACCCUAAUGAAUAUAAAGUAUUAGUAUGCAUAAUGCUAAUCUUUUGAAAGAACUAAUAACAGAUGCGUAAAAGGAAAAAUGUAUCGAAUGCAUGGUUAAUGAGGGAGCAUUAAAAAGACAUUUCUAAAAUAACUCACUAGAUGGCGGUACAAUAUUUUAAAUAUUUCUGUCACUAAACGACGACUUCAAAUGGAUCAAAGAAGUAAUUUUCGUUACUUUACAAGUACCUAACACAAUAAAAAAAUCUGAUAUUUGUAAUUUUAAAAAAAAUAAUUUCUGAACCUUAGAUAUUGAAAGAACCACCAAGUGUAGAGAACUAUGACUACCACUUAUUACUAAUUUCUAAAAUUAAAUAUGGUUUAUUACUAUGAUGUGAAAAUCCAAGCGCAUUUCAUAGACAAUUUGAUUGACUCUGGAUUUAACGCAAAUGCAUCAAAGUAUUAACGCCAUCUAUGUUGAUGUAUGGAACUGCUUUUUUUUUCUUACAUAUUUAAUUGCAGUAAUUUGUGAAUGCUUAUGACACUUUGAUAAAAGAUGUGUGAAUGGUUUGUCGUAGUAUAAUGCAAUGAUUACCAAUUGUAUUAUUCAGAUAUAAAAAGUGUUUUAAACGCUUUUUUUGAUUUAUGUUAUAACCUAAAAUAACAUCUAAAGAUUACAACUAUGUACGAUACUAUUAUUGCUGUGAUUAACACCAUUGCAUAAAAUGUUUAAUUUACUUAGUGACACAAGCGAAGUGCUUGUAUAGAAAAUUAUAUUUCAAAAUAGGUAACCAAUCAAUAAGAGCGUGCAUCGCAAUAAAAAUCUAGAGAUGUAUUAAGAUGGUUGGAAUGAAAUAUUUUAAUUUUCAUUGUAUAAGUAACGUUAUCUAGUAGCGGUCUGUGCAAAAUUGUUAUUUUGUGCAAAUGUGCAAAGAGAUGAAUCGUACUUAUUCUAAAUUUAUAGUAGUUCUUUAACAGUAAAUGUUAAAGAACAACUUUGAAUCUUUUUUAUUUGCAAUAAAAUAUUAUGAAUCAUUACGCUAUUUUAUUCGAACCCGAAUCACAUAUAAUAAUAAAAUUAAUUGCGUAUAAAUAAACUUAGGUAUGGUGAAUCUAAAAGUUUUCACUUUCAUAUCGUCUGCCGCACCACACUGCUUUUUCUGACCGAAUUUACCGUCUGUAAUAUACAAACGCAUAAUUAUGAACUCAAAAUAGGUUUUCAUCUUUAAAUAUAUAUAAUUAUAUUUUUUUAGUGAAAAGUGUUAUAAAAAAUCCACUUUCUCCCUGGAUAUCUGAGAUGGGCAAUUACUCUAACGAAUUUUUCAAGCACUUGGUUAUUUUUAAUAAUAGGCUAUUUGACACUAUUAAAAAUGAGUUGCGUAUUAUGGUUAUCCUGAUAAUAAUUGUUAUAUAUUAAUAAUAAGACAAUAAUCAAAGUUUAUUUCUUAGAAUCUGCAGAUAUAAUAUGUUCAGCUUUAGUAAAAUAACAUAAAGAAAAUGCAACAUUUUUAGGAAUUUUAAUGAACGACGA